AUGCGUCUCCCUCCCCUCCGUCGAUUCGCCACGCAAACCGGCAAUCCCGUCUGGGAGGUCUUCAAUCGUCGAGUCAAACAUCUGCAGAAAGACCGUGCUGCUCGUCACGUUGUCCAGAGCCGUCAGACAGACUAUCUGAAGGACGAGGUGGCUCUGCGUCUGUGUGAGCGGCUCCUCGAUAUCAAACGUCAUUUCCCCCGUGUGCUGGAUCUCGGAGCCAACAGCUGCAACAUCGCCCGCGCCCUAACCACUCCCAAUCCCGACCCGGACGAUCCCACCACGCCGCCGUUAUCCUCACGCAUCUCGCAAUUGACCUGUGUUGACACUUCGCAUGCCCUGCUGCAUCGGGACGCCGAUCAGCCUUUUAAUGAUGACCUCGCUCUUGAACGUCACGUCAUCCCGGACUUGGAGUCGCUGCCCUACGAACCCGAGAGCUUCAAUGCCGUGCUCUCGUCGCUCGCUAUUCACUGGGUCAACGAUCUGCCCUCGUUGCUGGCGCAGGUGAACUCGAUUCUCAAACCCGAUUCGCCGUUCCUGGCUGCCAUGUUCGGCGGGGAUACACUGUUUGAGCUGCGGUCGUCGUUGCAGCUGGCUGAGUUGGAGCGGCGCGGCGGCGUCAGUCCGCAUGUGUCGCCGCUGGCGGAUGUGCGCGACGUCGGUGGUCUGUUGAACAAGGCUGGGUUUAAGUUGUUGACUGUCGAUGUGGAGGAUAUCGUCGUGGAGUAUCCUGAUACCUUCGCGCUGAUGCAGGACCUGCAGGCCAUGGGCGAGAGCAGCGCCAUUCUGCAUCGCGAGCCGGGUCCCAUCUCGCGCGACGUGCUGCUGGCCAGCGAUGCCAUCUACCGUCAACUGCACCAGGAGGAGAGCGCCCGCGGGCUUCCGGCCACUUUCCGUCUCAUCUACAUGAUCGGAUGGAAGGAGGGAGAAGGACAAACGCAGCCGUUGACGCGGGGGAGUGGGGAGAUGAAUCUGAAAGAUCUUUUAGGAGGUGGUGAUUUUAAAUAA